UGGGCAAGUAUUGAUUGGGUCGGCGCGUUGGUCGCGGCGUCCGUGUCCAGAGUGCAGGAAGAGAGGGUGGCGGAAUCGCCAGGCGCCAUCACGCGGGGCCACCGCGACCGUCGUCUGAAGGGCCGUCCAGCCAGUGGCCGCGAUCUCGAUUCACCGAAAAGAUGGUCAUGAUGGCUGGCAUGGACGACCACGAGCGAAAAGUCGUCCUCGAGUUCUGCCACCUGCUCGAGAAAAGCAAGCAGCUGUUCAACGGGCUACGGGAUUUACCACAGUACGGGCACAAGCAGUGGCAGGGUUACUUCGGGCGCACCUUUGACAUCUACACGAAGCUGUGGAAGUUUCAACAGCAGCACAGGACGAUACUGGAUACGAAGUACGGCCUGAAGAGGUGGCAGAUCGGUGAGAUCGCGAGCAAGAUCGGCCAGCUCUACUACCAUUACUACCUUCGCACCAGUGAGACUUCGUACCUUCACGAGGCCUACUCGUUCUAUGCGGCGAUUCGCGGCCGCGCUUACUAUAGCCGUGCCGCCAAAGAGGAUAGGAGCGACCUGAUGGUGAAGAAGCUCAGGUACUACGCCCGUUUCAUCGUCGUCUGCCUGCUGUUGAAUCGUAUGAAGCUCGUCCGUGAAUUGGUCCAAGAGUUGGACGCCCAAAUCGUUGAUUACACCAGCACCUACGAACCGGACGAUCAACUCGAGUGGAAUUUAGUCCUCGACGAGAUCAAGGCGUUCGUGAAGGCCGAGUCGGCCGUCGGAGUAGUGCACUCGGACUCGAACCCGGUUAUACUGACCCACAGGUUGGGGCCUCAGACCUCACCGCCAGUCGAACGUACGCCACCCAUGUGCCUAUCCCUGCAGGAGAUCCUGAUCGUUGGCAAUUGCGCCGACCAGGUGAAGUUCAGUGAAUUGUCGAUGGACAUGUUCAGGAUGCUGCAAACGCUGGAAAGGGAGCCAAGGGACGACCCUAAUCACCUGCACGAUGCGUCGCCGGCAGGAAGAAUGCCAUUCAGGCCUGGCGCGUAUCCUGGUGCCGAGAACGGUGCCCCGAGGCGGGACAAUCCACAUAAGUACCUGUUGUACAAGCCCACCUACAGCCAGGUACAGGUAUUCCUCGCGAGCGGCUUCAAAGAGCUGCCCGCGAACGGAGCGCUGUUGCUCUACUUGUCCGCCGACGGCUGCUUCUCCACCGUCAAGCAUCCGGAAGAAAUGGGGUACGACCUGGGUGGCGUGUCCACGUGUAGCAAGAGGGACCCGGAGCACGGGAAGAGGCCGACAGGUGGCAAGGAACCGCACUGCCUAUACCCGGGUGACCUCUAUCCAUUCACAAGAAAACCGCUGUUCGUGGUCGUCGAUUCGGACAACAGCUUCGUGUUCCAACAGAUACCUCGUUAUUUCGGACAGCCGUUGAUGGUGCUGAUGUCGCCCCAAGACACGCCGUCAACGUUACGCGACGUUCGACACGGUGGAAGCCUGUUCACUCUGUUUCUCCACGCCCCCUUAGCCGCGUUUUGCCUUAUAUGCAACAUCGGCAGCCUGGCCGUGCAUCACUGGGAGCGGUGCCAGCGUUACAUCGAGCGAUUCCUCAUCGAGGCCUGUCAGCUCGUCACGCGCUCCAGAUGCGCUCUACACAGUGGCCCGCCGACGUCACAAAGUGCCAACCGCGAGGCUCGUUUAUUUAUAAGCAAAAAGUAGAGCGACCAGAACGCGAGAAAGAGUGGCUCUCAUUGAGUCGCCGAGAUGACGAUUCGCCGAAUUGAACUUGCUCUCUCCUAUAUGACGGACAAUUUAGCUUACAGGAUGAAGGAACAAAUGGAAGACUAAGAAUCAUAGUGGUUGUAAGUUCCUUUGCUAUAAUUUACUAAAAGAUCAGUUAUGUUUUUUCAAAUCAUAAAACAGCACAGAAUGCAUGCAAUAUGCAAAAAUACAUAGGAUAUGUAAAGUACUUGUUAUAGUAUGUGAAGCAAAUCUCUACUUAAUUGUAUUUAUAUUAUAAAAAUAUGAAUCUGCAGUUAUAUAACUUAAUUAAGUAUAAAACCAAAAGAAUGAUACAUUUAAAAGUUGAAGUACAUAUUAGAUUCAAAUCCUCAAAAUCUUGACUUACGCCACUAUGAUUUCCAUUUUUAAAUAGCUGUAGAGAAAGAAAAGAAAAGAGUACAGAAAGAAGAAAAAGAAGAUAAAGAAUCGAGAUGGAAAACGAAACAAGUUCAUUUGUGUUCGUGUGUAUAUAGGAAAUACUAUGUACAAUCUAGUCUUUAUAAGAAAACGAGAGGAAAAGAUAAAAAAUGGAGUUAGAAGAAAAAAACGAGGGAAAACGGAGAGGGGCAACGACUUGAGAGCAGAGUAAUAGCAGUUUUCUCGGACGAACGUUUGUCGAGUAUUGUUGUGUUUAAAACUAUACAGAGUGUCCCAAGUUUUUCUACAAAACAAAGAUGUUCUACGAGCAAAACUAAAAAAAGCCAUAAAUAUAAGUUAUUUAAAAUUAAAAAGUUGUAAUAAAAGUUUUAAUUUUAUUUCAUCUCAAUGAACGAAUUAACUGUUUCUAUCAGUUCACCAGAUGUACUACUAUUUGAUUGAUAUAUCUUUCUUCUUUAAAGUUAUUCAUAUCUAAAAGCCCAAUUGGUAUGCUAUUGCAGACCAAAAUAUUAUUCUUUUUUUGAUAUUUCACAUUUCUACUAUACAUUUUUAAUGAAGUUGUAAAUGAUUUAUAUAACAUUCCUUAUUCAUAGAAUAUAUAAAAAUUAUUAACAUUAUUUUGCAUGAAAAAUCUGGAAUACUCUGUAUACAUGAUUCGCGGUCACUGUAUCAUAACACAUAUACAUGCACACGAAAUCUCUGUCUAUCCUCUAUGUUUUGCAAGAAAAGAAAAGGAAAUGAAAAAGAAAGAAAGCGAGAUCCAGAAGAACGUACGAAAUACGCUGUGCGUGUCCUAUUAUCACGGAUACGACGAUUAACGCAGAAGUUUUUACGUUAACCGUUUAUAAUGUCCAGCAUUAUUAAGCGAGCAAUGUACCCGAUCACAUAUAAGCAUACUUGAUAUCAGAGACCAUACGAUUAUCAAUCUCUAUGAUAGUCCUCUGGUUCCUGGGUGUCAUUUAAUUCUAUCAUUUAAUAGCCGAGUUUAUUUCUUUGGUUUUUUAUGUCUUACUGUUAAUUUCAUUAUAAACUGCCGUUAUUACAUAUUAUUAUAUUCUUGAGAAUAUUCGACCUUUUGUUUGAUUAUCGAAGAGAAGAAUUUUUGAGGGAAAUAAAACUAAUUGAGGAAACUUUUUUGAUAAAAAGGGUCUAUAGGUUUAUGGCAAAUACAUACACUUCCAGUUAUAAGUAUUGAAACACUUACAUGUUAUAUUUAUUGAAAAACUUUAACACAUUUUACUUUCUUACAUUAUAUUUUGAUAUAAUUAUAAACACAAACGUAACUAAUAUUUAAAAAAAACUAGUCACUUUGUUAUUAGUCAAUUUACUAUUUUGUCUUCUGGACCCUUUUUCAACAAGGCUCCUUAAUUAUAAAAUUCAUUCUCGAUGAACGAACAGAGUAUAUCUAAGUAUAUUUAAGAUUAAUAUAAAGGAGUUAUAAAAAUAGUAGUUGAAUGAGAAAGCAUAUUUGGUGAUUCGUAUCACAAGUAUUUUUGCAUAUAAUUGGCGAAUACAUAAGUAGAAGAUUUCUAAAGUCUUCUUGUAAUAUUGUAAAAAUGAUAUUUUAUAAAUUAAUAAGUAAGAAUCUUUCAUAAGUAAGAAUCUGCCUUUCUGUACAAGAUGUUUUAUAACAUAGGGAACUAUGUAACUUUAAUGGUAGAUAGAGGACACGAAGGAAUGAGAAAAGUUUGCAUAAAUAUGUGCCCUGUUUAACCUUUUUCUCGAAUCAUAGUCAUUUUUGUACAUCGAUAAUGUACAGCUGCUUAACCAUAUGGGAAGUCACUUUCGGCCUAAAUUCAAGCCUGCGGUUGUCAUGUUACAGCGCCGUUACACUGGAUUACGUAAUU